AAACAACUUUUUACACGUGAAUUGUUUUGUUUAUAUUUAAAAAACAUUUAAUUUACUAAUAAAAACUAUUUAAUUUUAAAGUAAAAUGUCUCAAACUAAAACAAAACAUCAUUUUCAAGGAAAAGAAUGUUUUAGUCGCAUGAAUUUCUUAUAUCAAGCUUCCCUGCUAAUGGCUGGCAAAAAUAAUGCACUCUCCUCCUACUAUGGGGAACUUUGUAAGAAUGUGGGCAAAAAGGCGGUACUAAGAAUAGAUCCCACUGUUAAACGUGACUUAUGCAAACGCUGCUCUUUGGCACAAAAGCCAGGUAUUACCAGCGAUUUGAAUGUUAAAAGUCUGCGCAAGAAAAGAAGAAAGCCUAAAGAUGUGGAACAUUUAGAUCAGGAUUGUCAAAUGCAAAUGGCUUGUAAAUUAUGUGGUUAUCAAAGAAAUUUUAAUGUUAAGACAGAAUAUAAAUUUUGGUUAGAGAAUCCUGAAUCUGUGGCAGAAGUUUGCAAUAUUAAGACUGAGGAAAAGCAGAAUAACAAUAUUAAAGUAUCUAAUGAUAAGGUUAUUAAAAUAACAAAGACUGAUAAGAAUAAAGAUAAAGAUUAAACAUGAAA